CACACACCCACUUCCCUUUCUCGUUCUCCCUUCACUUCUAGGUAGCAUCGAUAGCGUAACUUACGACUGAAUACAAGAUCUUGCACCAAGAAAGAACUUCCUCCCGAGAAAGAGACGGCAAGGCGGGAGAAAGAGCACACUGCCCCUCUUUGUGACAACCUUGGGAAAGACUCAUCGAGACUCUUGCUUUUCUUGCUAUUGACAGCGACUGGACCUCUCAUCAGACGUGGAAGAUCUUCUUGACGAGAAGCUAUACGAGUUGUAUCGACGAGAAGAGCAACCACGAACGCUGAGAGUAAGAGGAGCUGCUCAUUGCUGUAACGCUUUCCUAUCUUGCACAUAGCUUGCUCCCCCUCUGAAGGAUCCCUCUGAAGGACUCGGACUGGAUUGAAGCCCUCUUGGACCUCGUGACUGAGUAGGAUUGGGUUGGAGCCGGGCCUUGUUAACAGCCUUUUCAGCAGACCUGAUGUUGCCAGUGCUUGUCCACUAUUGCGACACUUGCGGCUACAACACUCCUGUUCAAUACAACUCCGUGUUGGUUUGGAUCCAGGAACACACUUGCAAUCACUGUGGGACCAAGGCGCUGGGAGCAGACAUUGCAGGAAGAAGUCAAGGCACCAUGAACCAGUACCAGCAUGAUGAGCUCUCGCAGCUCUUCGCGAACCUGUCGACCGAGCAGCAACAGAAAGUCAUUGCUGAGCCACAGUAUGAAGGACAGGCUCGAGCGAUCGUGGAACAGAUGCAGAUGAUGCCUGAGAAAGUCGAGGCACCCCUCACCUUUGCUUCCGCACACUACACACACUCUACCCAUCUUACAGCAGAUACGCAGCCUGAGCCCGCUCAAUCUCCCCCGCCGCCAUAUCGAGAGGCGAUCAUGCCCGAGGCGAUGGCUGAGAUGCUCACUCAGAAUAGCAUCGACCCCGCUUCCUUGCUUCCCAGCCAGAUUGAGCUCUUUGCGGGCGCUGACUACGAGCAGAGACUACGACUUCUCGAGCUGUGGAGGAUAGCACCGCCUAGCUACCCCCACGAGCAGCAUGUCCACGCACAGCACGAGCAGACCAGUGUGGAAAAAGAAGAAGUGGACGCUCGAGCGAGGUAUGAGCAGCAGAUGCAGGCAAGGGUGAACCCCAGGGAAGCAUACGGUUUUGAUAUGUACUCGUCCGAGCCUGUCAGUCCCGUGUCGGCAGUCGUCAAGCCUCGAGCAGCAAGUUUCGCUAGUGGAGGAGGAUACUUGGGAAAAGGCGAGGCAGAGCCGUAUAUGAGUAAUGGAUACCAGCAGAUGCAUUCAGACCCUGUCUAUGCGGCAGGAUUAUGGCAGUCGAGUUAUGCGCAAGCACAACCUGGGACGGCGAUGGAAGAUCAGUAUGGGAUGUAUGAACAAAUCAGAUGUCAUGCAGAUUGGGAGAGGAUGAAUCAACGGGCGAUGGACGCGCAAUUGGGGCAGGUCGAUGAUGAUAUGGUGAUGUGAGGAUAGCGAUGUCUCCAGCAUUUUCUGACAUGUCCAAGCAAGGCGAGCAUGAAUGGCGUUGGGUUGGGGGCACGAGAGUGAGCAUGCAGCACGCACGAUACCAUUUGUUUAUGCGAACAGUACCUGUAUGUAGUUGAUUGAAUGUGAACGAGGAGAGUUGUGCC